AUGAAUGAUCAAACAACAAAGAUUAAGGUCCUAGUAAGGGUAAGACCAUUACUUCCUAGAGAGGCUUCCGAUGGAAUUACCGAAUCUUUAGUACAAAUGCCAGAUUCCGACCCUACUUCCGUCUCCUUAUUGGUUCCUACAGACUCGCCGUAUUACUCCCAACAUAUUAACACUGUGAAAUCCGAAUCCAUUGACGAAUACAAGCACUAUGAGUUUGACGAAUGUAUUUGGUCCUUUAAUGCCAAUGAUCCACACUACGUGAAUAACUUACAAUUUUACGAUAAGUCCGGUCCAGAUAUCAUAGAACACUUUUUCAAAGGGUACAACGUGUGUCUUCUUACUUAUGGGCAAACAGGUUCCGGAAAGACUUUCACAAUGAUGGGAGAUGACAGUCAACCGGGAUUAAUUCCUCUUAUUGUUCGAGACAUUCUCCGCCAAAAGGAACAUCUUAUAGGCGAGCGCAUCAAUUGUCAGGUGAAAGUGUCUUAUAUGGAAAUUUAUAAUGAACAAGUGAACGAUUUGCUAGAUACGGCAAGUGGGUCUAGUAAGAAAUGUAAAGUACGUGAACAUCCUGUUUCUGGACCAUACGUUGAAAAUCUCAAAGAGAUAGAAAUUAGUGAUUUCAAAUCCUUUAGAUCUCAGUUGGAUAGAGGUAAUAAAAAUAGAUCAACUGCUGCGACAUCUAUGAAUGACAAAAGUUCAAGAUCUCAUGCCAUAUUACAACUUACAUUAAAACAAACAAGAUACAGGAGUGAGUCAGAAGAUUUGGGAUUUGAUGAUUCGUCUGACUCCAUUGGAGAUGCAGAAGAAGAGGUUAUUUCCAAUAUCAAAUUGGUUGAUUUGGCUGGUUCCGAAAGAUUAAAUAAAACAAAGAAUUUUGGUCAACAGGAUAGAAUGAAAGAAGGAUCUCUUAUAAACAAGUCCUUGACAGUAUUAGGUCGGUGUAUUAAUAUUCUUGCAACCAAUUCAAGUAAUUCAGGGAUGAAACCAAAUCUUGUACCAUUUCGAGAUUCUAUUUUAACUUAUAUUCUUAAGGAAAACUUAUCGGGGAACUCCAAGAGUUUUAUGAUUUUCAAUAUUUCACCUGUUGACUUUGAAGAAACGUAUCAAACUCUCAAUUAUGCCAAACAAGUGACCAAGAUCAAAACCAGAGCGAAAGCCAACACCAAUAAGUUGAACUCCAAGCCAAUAGAUUGGGAAAGACUUAGAGGUGAUGAUCAAGAUAUUAUUGACUCUUUAAAAAAGGAGAUUAAUGAUCUUAACUCCAAAUUGGCUCAAAUCGGCACAGACUCUCCUGUUCAACAACAUCAUCCAGAGUUUGAAAACAUGGUCUUAUUUUUAGAGCAUGAUUUGGAUCGAGUUAAGUUUGAAAAUAAAUAUUUGAAACUGAAGAUACUGCAAAAAUCUUCUCAAGUCAAUGAGCUUUUAAGCUACAUAAAAUACAUGGAAGGAGAAUUCAAAAUACUUUCACAAGAAUCUAUCCACAUGAGACGAUCACUUUGGAACUCAUUGAACACUAAUUGUGAUUCUUCUAUGGAAGGUUUGAAUCAAGCGUUGGACCAAUUUGACCCCAAGCGUAUACUUUAA